AUGAGAAAGAUGACUGAACAGAGCGGUUGCUAUAGGCCUGUAAACAUACAGGGAAAUAAGAUCAGUUACCGAGGCACUUGUCAAGAAAGCCCCGAAAUGGGGGUGAAAAGAUUGCAGAAGCGAUUUCUCCACAAGGAUGGCAGCUGCAAUGUGUACUUCAAACACAUCUUUGGGGAAUGGGAGAGCUACGUAGUGGACAUAUUUACCACACUGGUGGACAUCAAAUGGCGCCAUAUGUUUGUGAUAUUCUCAUUGUCCUAUGUUCUUUCAUGGUUGUUCUUUGGAUUAGUCUUCUGGCUGAUAGCAAUCCAACACGGAGAUUUAUUCAAUGAUGAAGAAAUAACCCCCUGUGUUGCAAAUGUCCAUAGCUUCACAGGCGCGUUCUUAUUCUCCCUUGAAACCCAAACGACCAUCGGUUAUGGAUACCGCUGUGUUACAGAAGAGUGCUCUGUUGCAAUCCUCAUGGUUAUCCUACAGUCAGUAUUAAGCUGCAUUAUUGACACCUUCAUAAUUGGAGCAGCCUUGGCUAAAAUGGCCACAGCUCGAAAAAGAGCUCAAACCAUUCGUUUUAGCUACUAUGCUGUAGUAGGCUUAAGGGAUGAUAAAUUUUGCCUCAUGUGGCGCAUUGGUGAUUUCCGGCCAAAUCACAUGGUUGAAGGCUCUGUACGAGCUCAGCUUCUGCGCUACAAGGAAGACAAGGAAGGGAGAAUGACGAUGGAAUACAAGGACUUGAAGUUGCUAAAUGACCAGAUCAUACUUGUCACACCAGUGACAGUGGUACAUGAAAUUGAUAGUGAGAGCCCCUUGUAUGGUCUAGACCGGAAAGCUCUGGCCAAGGACAACUUUGAAAUCUUGGUCACAUUUGUCUACACAGGUGAUUCAACAGGAACUUCACAUCAGUCAAGAAGCUCAUAUGUCCCCAGAGAGAUUCUUUGGGGCCAUAGGUUUAACGAUGUCUUACAUGUAAAGAAAAAGUACUAUAAGGUGGAUUGCUUACAGUUUGAAGAAACCACAGAAGUUUAUGCUCCUCACUGCAGUGCCAUGCAGCUGGAUCGGAAGGAGCAAGAAUGGAACCGAACCGAGAAGACACGGGAAAAAGAAGCAGAGAUGUCAGCACGGGAGAUCAAGUCAUUUAGUACUAAUCAAAAGUCAUUUAGUGCAGUUGCUCUCAUCACCAGUUGUGAAGAUCCAGAAGACCCAGUGACAGCUGUCAAUCUACCCUCUGGAGAAGUUUCUUAUCCGAAAGCAGCUGUGACCUUAAGUAGGCUAUCAAUAGAGUCCCAAAUCUAG